GGCAAUCAUUCUGCAAUAAUUCAAAUCUGAUUGGAGGAGCUUCCAACUUCAAUUCCUUCACAAACUGAAGAUUUUCGAAGGAAUUGAAGAGAACCCAAAUCACGAUUUCUUCAAAUUCCACUUCUCCAAUUCUAAAUUAUCAUCAAUGCUUGGCAAGCGAUCUCGACCGUCCGUUAAGCGGGUACCCGACGCAAUAAUCCCCGGCGAUCGGGCCACCUUCCCCGAUACCGUCUUGAGCCCAACAAGGCCACUUGAAUUCAGAAUCCAAUCUCCGAAGGGUUGGAAGAAUCACGAUUCGGGUGCGAUCGGGUUGGGAAUUGUCGUCGCCAUGGAGAAGGCAUCUACCGGCAGCGAUUGCGAAAUUCGGCCGAAAUUCAUCGUGGGUAGCUUGAAUUUGAGCCGUUCAGAUCCGAUCCCGAUUGCUUCAGCGAAAAUCAACGGUGGAUCAAGGGAUUUCAAUGGAAUUCAGUGCUCUGAGAGCUAUACAUGUGUGACAUCUCAUGGACCCGAUAAGGCUACUCGGACCCGAGUCUACUGUGAUGGAGGUGGUGAAUUUUUUGGAAGUGAAUUUGAUGGGAGAUCGAGGAAUGUGGGUGUGUUUUGCGCGUCCCCACCAAGAUUAACGGAUGAAUUUCCACCGUUCCGGACUGCUGAUUUCCUCAAAUCUUGCUACUUGUGUAGGAAAAUGCUACAUGGGAAAGAUAUAUACAUGUAUAGAGGGGAGAAGGCAUUUUGUAGCGUGGAGUGUCGGUACCAACAGAUUGCGAGUGACGAAUAUAAGGAGAAAUGUGGAUCCGAGGCGUCCAAAUCUUCGGACAUUUCACCAUUGCUCUACUCUUGGAGCCGACUCUUCUCUCCGGGCAUUGUUGCAGCUUAGUGCCACUGGAAGCAGAUGGAGAUGAUCUGGAUGAUGAUAAUGGCACGCGGGCAUGGAAAAUGCGCGGCAAUAACAAUAUACAUAUGAGAAUAUAACAUAGGGAAAAUUUUGCAUUUGAGCUCAAAGCUUAAAUUGUAAUAAAAAUUAUAGAACUAAAUCAAAUGAGGUGGAGAUGGAAAUUAUCCUCUCUUUUAAGUGGCAAAA